AUGCACCUGGUGAUCGCCGCCGAUGGCUGCAGCAGUGAUGGUCAAACGGCCAAUUGUUUGGGAAAUAGAUUAUUCGGUAUUAUUGUAAUUCACGGUCGUUACACUAUCUAUACAUUGUUGUCGUAAUAAAACGAUAAUGGAUUCACGUCGUGUUAGGACGGUUAAUUUACACGCGGCGGCACACACACAAAAAAAAUAAAAAAAAUAAAAAAAAUAAAAAAAAUAAAAAAAAUUACUCAACGCAUUCGGCGUUUCGGCAAUCUUAUGCACUGAAUCCCAGUAGCAAAACGUUUAAAAUCGCAAACUUAAAUGAAUAUUAACAAUUGAAAAAAAAAAAAAAAAAUGUAUACAAUUAAAUAUUUUAAUCAAAUGGAAAAUUAUAUAAUAAAAUAUCUAUUGGCAACACUAUGAUGAGCGUUUUUUUUUUUUUAGAUUUUGAGUAGGGCGGGAAAUCUAUUGGUUUCACUAUGAUGUGUUUUUUUAAAUUCAAAUUUGUUUUUUUUUUUUUUUUGUGCCUAUGAGUACUUUUUCUACCAGAUAUGACUAGAGACCGUUUUUGUUGCAUUUUGGAUCUAGUUGUUGCAGCAAGGAAGUAUUUUUUUGAUUUUCCAAGAGAUUUUAUAAUAAUUGGAAAAAUCGAAAAACACCCUUUUAAAGAAAUUCUUCGCCUUUCACUUCCUAGAUCCUUUUCAUUUUAUGGAAAACAAUUUUCGUUUUUAAAAAUAUUGCAAAUUAUUCACACCGUAUGGCAUAUCUAGCAAUGGAGAGUACAUUUCAGAAACGUUUUUAUUGUAAUAUUUAAACGAUAAAAUCCUAGUAAGAAUAAUCAUACGAUUUUUAUCUUGGGAAAUUGUUAGCAAAUCGUAGAAAAUAAACGUGGUAAAUUGAGAAUAAAACAAUCGGAACAUAAUUUUUUUGGAGAUCAAUGAAUAAUAUUUUUAGAUAUUGAGUGUGGCUAAGAAUGUAAUGGUUUCACAAAGAUGUUUAUUAUUAUUAUUUUUUGUUUAUGUGAACACGUUUUCUAUCAGAAAGCUUACUCUAAUGUAUAAAAUGUAGACCUUUUUUUGAAAAGAAAUUUUCUCGGCGUGGUACUUUAAGAAAGUCAUUUUUUGAUUUUCCUAGACAUUUUCUCAAAAAAUGAUUGCCUUUAUUUUUUUCUGUGAAUAAUUUUUUUACUAGCAAUUUUUCUCCGAAUUACAAUGAUAUCACUUUUUUGAAAGGAGAUCUGACUGGAAAGGUACUUUAUGGAAAUCAGUUUUGGAUUUUCCCAAGAGUUUUCUCAGCAAAUGUGAAAAACCAGGGAAAACAGGGGAAAACUGGGAAAAACGGGAUAAUCGGUAAAAUAUUAAACAAAUAUUGUUAAAUAAAAUAUAUAAUGUGUAUUUAAUUAUUUUACCAUAAUAUGACAUAUUAUAUAUUGUUGACAAAGUUCAGGAUUGUUUUUUCGUUAGCAACGGUUUAUCGUUGCCCUUUUGUAUCCCACCUUCCAAACUUCUCACCCACAACAGUGGCUGCACCCACGUGCGAAGUAUGUCCGUCUUACAUAAAAUAAUAUUUUUUUAUUUUAGUAUUCGGUUAUUUAGAUUUUUAACCUUCCCGUCCACUUAUUUGUCUAUAUCACUGGUAUUAUUUUCUACAUUUAUUGUUAAAUUAGUUGUUCAUCAAUUUAACAUUUCAAAUAAAUUAUUAUUUUUCUAACACUCUACAUGAAUUAUUUAAGCUGUCCAGCAUAUAUACUACGGUGUUCGUAAUUAUUUCACUCGUGGGAGUGAGUAUGUAGUCAUAUAACAGCUGCAGGACGGGUAUUAUAAUAUUAAAUAUAUUACAAUCGCGAUGCAUAUUAUUAUUGUUAUUAUGAUGCAGUAGGUGCCCACGUAGUUAACCUACGGCCGGCCGCGGCCGGGUGACGUAGUAAUAUUGUGAUUAUUUACUGCGUCCGAGAACUUAGUCCGAAACUAAUAUUUCGCUUUUCCACUCGGCGGCGCGCACGACUCCGCGGUGCAGGCGUCGCGUCGGUGGUGGCGACCGCGCGCGAGAGAUGGGUAUAUAGCUUAGUCGCUCCCCCGCCGCCGACGGUGGGAGCGACUGGAGCAACGGGACCGACGGCAUCGGCGGCGGAGCGGUUGGACCGGGGGUCGAUACCGCGCGCGGGGGGCGGGUUACCGUCAAAUACCAUGUGCACUGCCGGAGAUGACGUCACAGGAACAAACGGGAUGUGUCGCGCGCGCGAGAGGGGAAAUAUUGAUUCUGGUACGGCGGCGCAGCGCCGACCGCCGCCACCACCGCCGCGUUUCUCUCGGCGGAUUUCUGCCGCCGCGGUAGUCUCUCUGUCCGAGCUGUUGGCCAACCGACGACGCACACCCGGAUCCCGCGGCGUCCCGUGUACGUGCGCCUUGUGCCCGGUUACCCUCCCACACGGCACUCGCAUAUUAUCAUACUCAUACUCGCACACUAUCACGAACACUCCUCCCUCUCUCGCACACUCUCUCUCUCUCUUUCUCUCCCUUUUCGUUUCAUCUCCUUCACCGUCUCCUUCUCCUUCUUUCUGCCCUAACUCCUUUGCCACGUCUUUCUCCCUCUCGAUCUCCCUUUUUCUCUUGCUCACCCUCUUUCAUGUAUAUUAUAUAUACAAACACACACACGUCGAAUUUUUAUAGACGCACGCGCGCGCCGUAAAUAACACGUCCGCCGCGUGUACACCGCGUACAAACCACGACAAAAUCUAAUAUACGAGAAUCGUCCGUAUUUUUGUUUAAUUUUUAUUUAGUUUAGUGUUUGGGUUUUUCGUUUUUUCUUUCGCCCCCCGGUUCCCGGUUGUUCCGUUUUUUUAUCCCUUCACCGCCGUCGUCACCGCCGCCGCCGCGUGUGCCGUCAAUAGUCUCUCCCGCCGCCGCCACCGCAGAAGCCGGCGCGAUGUCGUGUAAAUUUCACGUGUAAAUAAAGUGUUUUAGUCGUCUCCGUGUUGGUCGUCUCCGUAGUCGUCGUGUUGCUGCUUUUGCUGUUGCUGCUGCUUUUGCUGUUGCUGCUGCUGUCGUCAUCGAUACCAUCACCGUCUUCAUCGUCGCCAUCACUGCCACUGUUACCGAAGUCUCGUCCAACGAGUCUAUGCUCACUUAGGUAUAUACAUGGUGCUAAACACUAUUAUUAUUUUUUUUUGUUCGGUCUGAUUUUGUUUUUGUCGUCUACAAUAGUUCCGUAAUCAGCCGGUCCUUCAUAUACUGCUAAACCGUUUAUAGAGAUAGAGAAAGAGAGAAAUAGAGAGAGACAACUAGGACGCUAUGUGCGAAUCGCGUCAAAAAAUUAUAACAUCAUGAACAAAUGUUUUGCGAAUUUGGAUUCGAAUUCCAUUAGCAAGUUCGUUAAUAAUGAAAUCAGGGUACAUAAACGUUAUUCGCAGCGAAGUACUUUCGUUUGUGUGUAAUCUUUAAUUGUAUUCUCCUUUAAUUUUCGUCAGAAUAUCCGUAAAGCAGAGCGAGUUAUGGUAGAUAUCGAUGUUUUUGUUGUAUAUUUUGCAAGCCACUAAACUUCCUUUUGAAUUACCACCGGUAAGUUACUAUACUGCCACCAUGCAUCUAUUUUUAAUAGCAUCCAUAUCGUGAUCCAUUUAUCGUGAUAACUAACAAAUCAACAAUCUAUAUAGGGGAUGUAGCUAAUAAUGAUUAUGCAUAAAUCGUAAAAUCUUGAAUAUCGUAAUUCAAAAGUCACGUGGAUCAAAAAAAGUCAAUUUUCAAUCACGAAAUCAAUGUUUUCCUUGUAAUUGACUAGAGUUUUUUGGAUUAAAUUACUAAAUAAAUACUCGUAUGUGUUGUAUUUUUCAACUAACGUUGGAAAAAAUAUAACUCCUAAUUUCCUCUCCCUGCGCACGCCACAUAUUAAAAUAUUUUACCAAUUUAUUUAGUUUACAGUAUAAACAUGCGAGCACUUAUAAUAACUAUCGGCAACUUGACUUGGUGCUUGUUUGCGUGCUCCGAAAGCGAAACCAGUUUUUUAUCCUUAUGCGCACGUUCUUUAUGCUAUACAUAUAUUAUUAUAUCUAUACAUGGAACUCGUGCACCGCCAACUUAUUGAUUUCGUUAAGUUUUUUUCUGUAUCCCCUCCCAUCGUAAAGUGUUGUACUAGCCGCUGAAUAUCGUAUAAUACCGUAGCCGGAAAUUGGUGCGGAACAUCUGAAACCAUCACCUAGUAUUCGUUUUUAUAAAACUUACCUGAGUAUUUCUACACUUUAAAGUUUAUUAUAGUAUUUAUAUAAUGAUUUUAAAUUAAAUUGUUAAUUUUGGGCAAUUGGAUAUUUAAUACAAAUAUAAAAUAUAUAAUAAAUACAAUAAAAAUAAAAUCUAAAUUUUAAAAAAAUUAAUGAAAUUGAUUUAAUAAUAUUGCAAACAUUUUAAUGAUUUUAAAAUUAUAAAAUGAAAAUGAUUAAUAAGCGACUUGUGCUUUAAUCUUAGACAUAAUUGAGAGUGAGUUUGGUUUUAUAUUUGGGACGGAUAUUUUUAAAUCUUCUUCAACAAUCAAUCUAGAUCGAUAAUUGUUCUUUUUUUAUCGUUAAAAAUAAAAAUGCUGUUUCAUAUAAAGAAGUUGAAGCAAAAGGAAAUAAAAUCGAUACUGUUAUUUUGAUAAUUCUGGAUAUUUAGUUUUGAUUGAAAUCCAAAAUUCAUCACAUGAAUUUUCUUUAAAUUUUAUACGUAGGUAUAAAUCUGAUAAUAAAUAAAUAAGUUUUUACUUAUUUUUAAAUUUUCGAAAUUUAUUUCAUCAAUAUUAAAGAAAAAUGUAUUUCUUAUUCACCUUAGAUUUUUUCCAGGAAAAUCUUCAAACCGUGUAUUGUAAAUUUAUUAGAUCAGCAGUUAUAAUUUCUAUUGUGAGUUUAAUAUCUAUAUCAUUGUCACAAGUGUGACAAGUUGUGAGAAGGAUGAAAACAUUUCAAAAUUGUCAUUGUCGAUAUACAUUUUUUAGAGAAGUAUUUUUUUUUUAAAAAAAAUAUUGAUUUUAUCAAAAAUAAUUAAAAUAUUAGUAUUUUAACCAUGUUAAAUUGUUUAAAUAAUUGAAGUCUAAUUAUUUAAACAAUUUUAUCAAAUAUAUCUAUAGGAUAACCUAGUAUAACAUAAUGUACGUAAUAUUUAACUUUUUCAUUAGGUGUUAAAUUAUUGACUACUCCGUAUUAAAAUUUUGUGGACCCCAAGUUGCGCACUACUGCUUUAACCAGACAAAAAGAAUUUUAAAGUGUGAUCGCAAAAUGCUAGUUUUAUUCAACAAAUCAAGCUUUUCUCGAUAUAACUUGGUUAAACUGUAUAAUUUCAGGAUGAAAUUACUAAAUAAACACUCAUAUUAAUUGUCGAUUUUUAAGCUAAUGGGGAGUAGGAUAUAAUCUAAUCUUCCCCUGUGCACGUCACUACAUAAUCAUUUAUUUAUCCACUCAUUUGGAGGCAUUUUUUUUUUUUCGAAUUUUAGUAAUUGAGUACGGUUUGUUGUGCUGCUUGAAAGGAGAAACUAAAUUUACUACACUUUUUAAAUCACAAUAAAAAUCAACUUAUAGUAAUUAAUAAAUAUUUAGAGCCCAGAUACUUGGUUGUUUCUAAAGAAAUUUGAUUAGUGGAAUAUGUGAAAUCUAUAAUAAUUGCAUGAUUUUUCUUUUCAAUUUUUUUAGAAUUAGCAUACAAGUCGUACUUAGUGGUCUAAAAAAAAAAAAAAAGAAUGUAAUGUAGUAUUUUUUAUUUUUAUAAGUGUUUUAAUAUCAAAUUUUGAAGAAAUUCGUAAAUAUUAUGACUUUUUAAACAUGUAUAACCCAACUUUGUCUCUAAUUGUUUUUCGUUAGCAAUAGUUUAUCAUUGCCUACUGUAAAAUCGAAAGAGGUGGUUGGUGACUUAAACCGAAAGUUUCCCAAGUGGUCUGUGUAGUAUUUUAAAAAGUUGUGAAAUACUGCCGUUUAUCUUUGUGGUAGGGUUGUUAGUUUUCGCAUCGACCAAUAUUAAAAGCCGCACGGUUCCUUCCGGUGUGUUAUUUGUCUGCAUACGUUUUCGUCGUUCUUUUUCAAUAUUUGUAUUUUUUACUAUGUGACCCGUAAAAAAUACGUAUUCUAGUUUGUUUUUCAGGCGAUAUUUCGGGUUUGAAAAUAUUUUUCCAUCGGUGAUAUUUAUCAUUGCAAAUGCGAUUUUAUCGAUUAUUUAUCACGGAACAAAGUAUUUCGAAAUUUAUUAACAUUAUCAUAGUAAACUUUAUUGUUUCUCUAAUGCAAGGUGGACAUAGAAAUAGGGUAGUCAUUUCGAAAAUUUGGCACAUUUAAAUAAUUUGUUUGAGGUUUGAAAAUAUAUGGUUAUGACGCCACUGAAUUUUCGACAACAUCAGUAAAUAUGAUCCAUCGUUCUGUAAAUGAGUUUUUGUAAAGGAAGAACAUUUUUUUAGGAAUGUUUUAAAAAAUUUCAGUUUUUUUAUACUCGAUUGGUCGUGUUUUAUAAUAUAAAAUUAUAAUUAAUUUAUAGUCCAGCCACAUACAAUAAUAUCGCAAACUUUUUAUCGACGCCGUAUUAAACUAAACGACCUAUUUUAUAUCUACAGAAGUAUUUUGUACUGUCUUGUUGUCGUUUUUAUUAUGCAGAUGUAAAAAACUCGGACGAAGACUUUAAAUAAUAAUACAAAUUAAAAAAAAAAAUUGGAAAUGUUUCUUAAAAUCUCUAGUGACCUCCAAAACCUGAAAAGAUUACUAGAAAGAGAACACUCAGUACCUAACCUUAUAUUUUAUUUAAAAAGUUAGAAAUUAGACAGGAAAAUCGGAUGUGCAGGUAUUCAAACAAAAAGUAUAGCAAAUAUUAUUCGAUAUUUUAGAUUCAAGAGCCAAAAAUCGACCAAAAAAUGUCGAAUAAUUCACUGGUUUUGAAUAAAAUCUAUAGCUUCCUAUUUGAAUGGCUCUUUUUUUUUAUAAUUUUAUAAUGGAUAGUGAGAGCAAAUUUGCGAGCAGUAAACGUUUCAAACUCAUAAUAAUCAAAACUUUUGUAAUGAUUGUAUGGCUGUAAUUCAGCUGCAGUCGUUUUCACGAUAAGACUAAUUUUUAACCAAUUGUACGAAAAUAAAAAAACACAAUUAAUCAUAUAAUUAUUUUAAUAUGUAGUAUAAAAUACAAUAUGUACACGACAAAAAAAAAACUUAGUUUUGGUUACAACCAGGUUACUGAACAAAAUGCAACGUGAACAAAAAUGUCGGCUGUCAACAUUAGUAAAGUUUCCUAAUGUUUGUGACUCCAUUUUCCUAAAUGGAAGAACUGAAUUUCUCUGUUUCCAAACUUUUGAAACGUUUGUCUUUCGCGAAUAUGCUGUGGGACAGAGAAUUCGAAUUUUCGUGUUUUGAGCUCGACCGUGAAAUUAAUCUUUCGAAUAGAUUGAACACAACAACAAUGAGCAAACGCACUUCAGAGAAGCUAUUCGUUUGCUCGUUUUUCGUACAAAAACAUUUAAAUGGCAAAAUAUAAAUAGAUUGUUUGUGUUUUUUCCUCUCCUGUCUCGUAAAAAAGCAAUAAUUCUAAAACUUAACAUCUGUGAUACGCGUCUGAUACAUAAUAUAUUAUUGUUUACGGUGAUCUGUUUGACGUUUAUAGUAAACUUUAAUUGUCGUCUCGGUUCUUAAAUAUAUAACAAACGGUGGCGUUUUUUAAUCAAAUUAUAAAGAUUUAUUUAAAUGCAGACACUUUCUUACACUCUCCUUCUUCUUUCUUCAGCUUAACUGUCCUUGAAGGACCUGAGCUGCCACAAGUAAGUCUCCACCUUUCUCUGUUGAGUGCUAAUUCAACAGACGCAUUCACAUCCAACAAUUAAAUGUCCCUCUUCACAGCAUCCUUCCAUUUCGUUCGCGGUCUUUCUUACACUCUAGAAUCUAGAGUCUAGAUGAUGAAAAAUAAAUAUUUUAGGAUUUCUCGUAUUUUUUUGGUCAAUGUCAAAUAUUAGUUCAUUUAUCUAAUCUAACCUAACGCAACACGUGCAGAUAUGUGUUUUAUGGAUUCCGUAGUUAAAAUCAUAAAAACUUGUAAUUUUGUCAUUUCCGCUUGUCCAUAUAUCACAGACUUAUAAAUCUAACGGGCGUUUACCUUGUAGGUUGAAAUUCUGCAAAAAGGUGUCCCUAUUAUGCGAAACGCCACAUGAUUGCAUAGAAAAAAAAUAGUUUAUAUAUUAUGUAUUGUAAAUAAAUAAACCCCCGAAUUAAUUUAAUCGACCGUUUUCCUUGCACACGAUAUGAGUAUUUUUGUGCGGAAAAAAUGGACAUGCUUAUUACCGAAUGUCAAAAUGAUCGGAUAAUGUACACUCAAUAAAUAAUAUUGGUAUCUGUUUUUACGAAGAAAAAUAAAAAAACCGAACUCCGAUAUACGCUGGUGGAGUGAUUUCCGUGACGAAAGAAACCAAACUGGUAAAUUUUUUUUUUAUUUUACAGCGAUAAAUAGUCGGUUUUUUCAAUGGCGACGGUACGAUGGGUCGAAUUAUUCGUACAAAAUAGUACCUUCAUGUAGUAAACUCGAUGGCCUUUAAUUUGUGUUCCGUACGCUUUGGUUGUUAGUUUAAUGAUUAAUGAGUUAUUAAGUAAUCGGUGAGAAGAGAAAUUCCACUCAUUUUUGGUUGUCUAGGUGCUGCGUGUUAUAUAGAGCACAUAGAUAAUAGGUGUCGAGAUUUUCAGUAUGUCCAAUGUGAUUUUUUUAAAUCUAUUUCAAGUAAAUUUAACUGGCAUAUUAGAGAAAUAUACGAAAUGUAUAGAAAAAUAAUUACAUAUAUUAGACGAGAGUAGUGAAUGCCCAUUCACGAACUCCUAAAUAUUAUAGUGGAGUACAGCGGCGUGUGUAAGGGGGGUUUUACUUCGCUUAAUUGACUUAAAAAUACAACAACUAUGAGUAUUAAUUUAAAGAAAUAGUUUUUUUCAGAUUAAUACUCGAUGAAAUAUCAAAUAUAAAAAAAUCAAAAUACCUAAUGAUAAUUUUUCGAAAUCGAUUGUAUUUGUACAUAAUUUAUCCUGGGUGAUCUUUUUAUUAUUAUGAAUCAGCAAUUUUCUCGGAGGAUUUUAAAUGAAUUUGAUUUCUGUUUUUUUUUUUAUCCAUUAUGGAAUCGGUUAACCUUUAUUUUAAAACCAUUUUAAAUUCUUUACCCUAUUCCAUAUACCUUAAAUAAGUAUUUAUUUGUUUUAUUCAAAGAGUAGAGUGCAAUCAUGCAAUUUAUUACUCUUUUCUAUUUCUCCAAUCUAAACUUUAAACGGUUAUAAUUCGUAAACGGUAAAUCUGACAUUAGUGUUAUGCAUAUCAAAAUGUCUAGAAAAAUAUUCUAUAUUCAAAUAUGUAUCUAAAAAGGGAAGUUUCUAUUUGAAAACCAACUAUACACUUAUUUAUGGUAAAAAUUAAAAAUGAUUUUAAAAUAUAGCUUAACUGAUUCCAUAAUGGUUAAAAAAAAAAACAGAAAUCAAAUUCACUUAUAAUCCUCUGAGAAAAUUGCUGGUUCAUGAUAAAAAAAAACCACCCUAUAUAAUGUACCAGAUUUUGUUUUGUUUUGUUCUACUAUAAUAUAUUAUACAUAAAUUUAUUAUUUUUACUGCGUAAACAUACAUUUUUUUUUUUUUUUAAAUUAAAUUUUUAUUAUAGUAAUUUAAUCUUAAAAAUGUAUAUGUUUCAGCUAAUAAGUUUUAAGGAAAAGCUUGAUUAAUUGAAUACAAAUUGGCUUUUUUUGGAAUCAGAUUUUAAAUUUCACUGUCGAGUUAGAUUUAGUGAAGAAAAUUCUACAUCCCCUCCUAUUGAAGAUUUCUGGGCAAGCCACCCAGAUGACGUAGUAUAAACUCAUUGCAACAAUCGCCACAAGUGAGUUAACCCGACUCGAAUAUUCAUGUUCUGCUUAUAAUUAUACUAUUAAGCAUAAUAUUUAGCGUAGGUAAUACCGUGUUUUCGAAUAAUGCACGUAAACCAUUGGUUGGUCCCGCAGUGUUAUUGGUGUUUAAAUAUGAUAAUUUAUUUUUCAUGAAUAAGAUAUCAGCUGCUAAUCUAAAACCGUCUAGUCUUCUUAUUUAUUAAGAACGAACUACCAACGAAAAUCUGCAGCCGUCAAAAUUUUAUAAAAAGAUUAUAAUAUGUGUGAAUAAUUAUUAUAAUAUAUAUAUUGUAUAUACAUAUGAGCAGCAAAGCUUCGUCACUACAUCCGAAAAUUUCUCUGAAUUAUUUUAGAUUUGGAGCGUAGCGAGGAAUGUAUUGGUUUUAUAAUGAUUUUUAUUUAUUUAUUUUUGUCUGUGAACAACUUUUCUACCAUAGAUUUUGCUCUGAUUUUUAGUGUAGCACUUUUUUUGAAAAGAAAUUUGACUAGGGUGGUUUUCAUAAUAAUUGAGGAAAACUGGGAAAAAUAUAGGGAACACGGGAAAAAUCACGUACAUGUAUAAAAGAUACUUCGUUCUAAAUCUUUUUUCGAUAGAAAUGGUUUAUCGUUGCGUACAAAUAUAAAUACAGUUUUUCUCUAUAUUCCAUACAUCGUACGAAGCAGGUUUAUCUUUCUUUUUUGUAAUAGAAAUAUUCUUUGUAAAACUAUAAAUAGCUGAUUACAAUAAAAUACUAUACUAUAGGUACUACAUUAAUUAUUAUUAUACUAUUUCCAACAAAAUGGCGAAAUUAUAUAUAUGAAAUUAUUAGGGCUGGAGUUAAAAGUUAAAACCCCAAAGCAGUGGCGUCAUUGAAGGGGGCAGGGAAACUAUUUGCCCUCUCCUCGUUAUCAACGAGCCACUGUUGGGGCGAGUAUAGGCUGGUGUUCGGCUAAUUUUAGUCCGAAAGCAUGCAAACAUGAUCCAUAUCAUUAUGUUUUGUAUUUUAUGUUGUAUACGGCUACUUUGUGCUAUAGUUUUUAUUGUACUUUUCGUUAAUCAAUUUAGCACAAAUUAUCGGGCUCUCAUAAGAGCCAAUGUAAUUUUUUAGAGAGUAUCCACUCUGAUUUAAUCUAUUCUGUGAUUAUAAUAAUGUUCAUGGUGACAUGGUUAUAACCAAGAUUAUUAUUUAGUAUUUAGAUUGUAUAAAAUGAUGUAAGAGGAGAGGGCUAUUUGUAUUGAGAUAUAAAUGUAAUUUUGACGAAUAAGUAAGCGAGCGAUUUUUUUUUUUUACAACUUUAUUAUCAGCUGGUCAAAGCUUUUGUUCCCUUUUUCUCAAACAUGACGCAACUGCUCCAAAGGGUUCGUCAAUAAUACUUAUACAAUAUAUUUUCACAAUUUCAUCUUCAUGGCUUUAUUUGGAGAGUCUUUAUGGAUGUAUAAAAUAAUUCCCAACAACACGGUUAAAUUCAUAUUACAAUUAAACACUUCAAUUUGUCUACAACACAUCUUUUAUUCCUGAGAAUUCAUUUUGGGCCAGAGGAAGUCGCUAAAAAUAUCCAAAAUUAGUAAAAAAAAAAGAUAUAUUACCUUCUUUAUUACCUAUUCGAUGUAUAAUAAAUACAAUAAAGUGCUAUAGUCUCUAUUCUUGAGAAUAAUUCGAUAAAAAAAACUACAGUUCAAUUUAUACGAUAAAAACUAAAAAUAAAACGUAAGUGAACUUGUUUUCUAGCUUAGUAUAAUCUCUCUCAGAAUGGUUUUUUAGCAAAACAAUUAAUUUAUAUUAAUUUAUUACAAUAUAAAUAUUAUUUAACCAAUUUUUUGGACCAAGGUUUUCAAGUCGAUUCGAUCUACGCUGAUUAUCGAAAAUCCUUUGAUAAAGUUGAUUAUUAUUUAUUAUAAGUAUAGUAAAUUGAAAUCCUUCGAAGUACUUGGUUAUUUUUUCAAAUGGCUAGCUCAAAAAUCUUCAUACUUUUGAAAUCAAUCUCAAGUUUAAAAAAUUGCAUUUCACUUAUUAUAUGAAUUUCCUGUUCUAUCUUAUGUUCCUUGGAGAUCUCAUUUAGGUCUUUUAUUAUUUUGAAUUUUCAUUGAUAUCCUAUUGCAGAUUCUCGAUGCUUCAGUUAAUAUUAAUUUAUUCGUCGAUGAAGUAAAUCUUUUUUACAGAAUUGAAUCAAAUGAUCAAUGAUCAUUGCAAUGGUCGUGAUAAAUUUAAAAUUAAUGCACUUUUUUAUUAAAAAUAGAAUGAUUGUGAUUUUCAAUUAUUUAAUAUACGUUCUUUAAUUAUUCGUUUUACUUGUAUAUUAUGUAAGUACAUAAUUAUUCUAUCAAACUUUAACUUUUUCAUCUUUUAUCUUCUGUAAAGUAUCUUAUGUAUUUUAUACUACUUGUCAUACGAUUUAUAACAGGGCUUCAGCCCGUUGCACAAUAAAUAAAUAAAUAAAUAAUUUCAGAGUAGAUAUUAUGUUAUACAUUAGAGCGUAUUUCAUUACUCACGGUUUUAAACUCGUACAUGCUUUUCAGUUAUUUACUGUUCCAUUUUACCAGAAAAAAAAAAAAAUGGUGUCUUGUUAAAAAGCUAAAUCGAGCGUACAUCUUUCUUACUCGGUAAAAAAAAAAAAAAAAAACAAAUUAACUCGUUUUCUAGGUAGUUAUUAAAUAUUAGUAUAAUAUUUUUUUUUCCAAGUCGAGUGUGUUUGAAACACGAUAGCGAUAUCUCUUUUAUAGAUAAUUGUAUUUUUUUUUACUACUUCCCGUCAAUACUCGCGUAUGUUUUAUCUCACGAAAUCGAGUGAAAAUAAUUUCUGCCAGUAUGUUUCAAAAAUGCCGUAUUUUCGUUAAAACAGUCGAGAAAAUCGGAUUAUUUUUUGAUUUAAACUGGCUAUUUUUAACAUUUUUUUGAUUAAACGUUUGAAAACUGUUUUAAAGGGAAAAACCUAUUGUCUAUGGCUGUAUACAGGUUUUGCUGUGGCAACGCGGAAUCGAUAUUGUGAAAAAGAGCAUACUUAUACUUUAAAUUCUUCAACAAAAAAUAACCUUUUCAAAAUAUUAUUAUAGACGUAUAAAAACUGUUACAAUAUUAUUUGUCCUGUAAACUUCUAUACAGAUGCGACAACAAUAAUAUCUAACAUAUUAUUAUCAUUUUAUAACACAUCGUAUACUGACAACACGUAAACUGCUAUAUAAAAACAUUUUAUCAGGUAGGUAAUAAGAAAUGUCAUAAGACGUAGAAAAUAAUAACAAAAAUAAACUGGUCACUACGAAUGGUUUUACUAUGGGAAACUUUAAAAAGUAUACUGCAGUAAGAAAUUUUGAUCUUGACCCGAAAUCAUAUAUCUCAAUUUAGUGCCAGGUACUAACCUUUACGAAAUAAUAACAAUAUUACGGUAUUUAUAUAAUUUGUUUGUAAAAUUGAUGGAAAUCUAGAACUUUUUUUUCAAAUAAAUCAUUGGAAGUGUAUAGGGAAUGUACCUCAUCUUUUGAAUUACGGUCUGCACAAUUUAGAAUAUUUUUACUGACUACAGAGUAUUUACGAGAAAAAAAAAUAUAGUUCAUAUGAUUAGGUACCAUUGAAAAUUAUUAAAAAUAUUUCUGGUAAAGUAUCGCUCGGUGAAAAUUCAGCAUCAUUUAAGAAACAGUAUGAAAAAAAAUACAUCAUUUUAUUCGCCAAAAAAGUGUUUUCAAAAGAUAAAAAAAAAUAAUUCUGUAACACAAAUAACUACUACAUACAUAAUGUCAAAAUAAAAAAUUAAAAUUUUGAACAUUUUCUAUGAUAGAUUAAAAAAAAACUAUGUAUAUACUUCAUAGGGUAGAGUGACCUAUAUUAGAUCUUUUUUUUUUACAUUUUGUAAUUUUUUAACGAAUUAGUUUAUAUUAUUGUUUAAUUACCUCAUGAGGUGUUCUAAAUUAUUAAUGGAAUUUUGCAUCAAAACAAUACCUAAACGUGUAAACUACAAUUUGGCAUAAUUAGUUAUUUUUGUUUACUUUUUUUAAAAAAGUGGUUCGGUUUAAGUAACCAGUUUCUCAAUGUAGAUCAAGUCAUUUUUUAAUUAGACCAACGUAUUAUCUAAUUUUCUAAUUUAAUGUGAUACAUUUUAGAUUUUAUAUUCACUUGUUUGUAAAAAGCAGUUUUUCAUAAGAAAAUUUCAAUUCAAUAUAGGCAAAUCUCCACUAUAUUAUUGACUUGUGGGACCUUCAAGAGAGGUUAACUUCGAAACAAUACCGUUAAUGGCAGACCGCUUUAUUAUGAUAUUACGUCAAAAUUAGUGAAUAUCUGAAGUGUUUAUUUAUGAUUACACAUAUCAUGCUUUUUUUUUUAGUCUAACAUGCUCAACAUUUUUUUUUUCGAAACAUUUUUUUUUUAGUACUAUAAUUUUUUUAAGAAAAACAUGUUUUUAAAAUUUAUUUUCCUUCUUUUAGGUUUAAUCCAAGCAAGUUGUUCGUAAUAUUUCUUAUCUCAUAAAUUUAACGAUACGUUUAACUUUUGUUUGUUAACCAUAUAUAGAAAACCUCUAUAGCUUUUUCGACCCCCUUUGAAAAUAUAUAGGUAAAAAUUUAAAAUCUGAUUAUUGAUUAUUUUAUUGUCACUGUAAAUAUGAUUGCAUGGAAAAAUGCAAAUUAAUUUGAUCACAGAAAGUGGGUCAAAAAUAGACUGUAAGAUUCCAUGAUAUGACUCAAAGCAAAUUAAAGAAAAGUAUGUAAAAAUGUACUAUGGUUUGAAAAAAAUUUAGGCAGGUAAAUACUGACUGAUUUGAAUACAAUUAUUUAUAAUGGCUCGAGUUUAAUGUUAUAAUGAUUUUCUCCGACGUUAACAGAUUGUGUCCUUUAUUUUAUACUUUUUGCAGAAGUAUAUGUAAUUUUUGUUUUACUGAGUGUAGGUAUAAGCAUUAUGUACACGGAUGUGUCUAAAGGAUUGAAUACCCGUCAAAAUAUUUUUAGGAGGUAAAGUGCUCGUUAAAUAUUAGACUAGAUUAUUUAGUAUAUGGUUGUAACAUAAAUUAACUAUAUGAUUAAUUAUUCGCUUUUUAAACCUUUGAACAAAUUCUAUAUAACUGAUAAUAAACUUGUAAUUUUUAUAAUUAUCGACCACUGGGGUUAUAAUCUAAAAUUCUACGACUACAGAUACCACAGUUUUUUACCGCAGAUGAUAAUAAUAUUUUAUCUUAUCAAAAAUUAGUUAUAUGUAUUUAUAUAUGAAUCAAACUAAUUUUUUUUCAGGGUAAAAAGUGUUGUAGUUCACGAAAUUUAGGACACCAGUUCCAAUUUGUAUAACUUAGCGCUUAUGUGUAGAUAUGCCUAAUUAUUACUAUGCAUUAAUUUUGUCAUUUUUUUAUUGUUGUUUACGCGACAAUAAAUAAAAUUACAGCCAUUUGUUUCUGCGAUAAAAAAAUAUCUGGACGAAUGCCGUUGAGACUAUAUUAUUUAUCAUAAGUUUAAGUAUAAGAGAAUAUAAUUUUUAUAAUUAUCGUAGACAAUCAAUAAAUUUAACUUAACCAACUUUCUCUGUCGUGAACUAAAUAAAAAAAAAGAAAGGUAAGAUAAUGAGGACGGGUGCAGCCACUGGUGUAGGUGGGAAGUUAGGAAGGUAGGAUAUAUACGGGAAUUUAAUGUAUAUCUAUAAGCAACGAUAAACCAUAGCUAACGAAAAAACGAUUCUGAGCAGAGUUCAAUUGAUAGUGAUGCUUUGUCAACAAUAUAUAUGCUAUAUUAUAGUAAAAUAAUUAAAUAGGUUUUAUAUAUUUUCUUAAAUAAAAUUUGUUUAAUGUUGUACCGUGUUAAAAAUAAUUUCCCUACGAUUUUCCCGAAUUUCCAAUUUUUUAUUUAGGUAUUUCAAAUUUGAUGAGAAAACGUCUGAGGAAAUCAAAAAAUGACUUCUCUAGUGAAAUUUCCUUCUAGAAAUAUUUUUAUUAUGAAAAGUUUGAGCAAAAUUGCUGGUAGAAAAGUUGUUCACAGGAAAAAAAAUUGUAAGAUUAUAUUUCAUAAAUUCCCCAUUUUUAUUUCAGUUUUUCACACUUGAUGAGAAAACUCUUGAGAAUAUCGAAAAAUGUCCUUCUUAAAGUACCUUCCCACGCCUAUUUUCUUCCAGAAAAGGUGCUACAUGUACAAAUCCGAGCAAGUAUUUUGAUAGAAAAGUUAGCACAGAUGAAAAAAAUAAAAAAAUAAACAUCUUUGUAAAACUAUAAGCUUCUUCGCUUCACUCAGAAUCUAAAACAGUCUCGUUGCAUACAUGUUAAUUUUUAUCGUAUGCAUCACACCCCACUAUGCGUUAUCGUAAGUUUUCUACAAACGCGUUCAUAAAAGAGACACUUUGUUAUCAAAUCUAUAUUAUGAUUAUAAUACAUUAUACUCAGCAAGUGUUGUGGAUUUUCAAAAUCGGAUGUUCAUAAGCCACUGAGUCAAGUCGUCGACGCGAGGAACCCAGCUGGGGUGACCGUGCGUAUAUUCAUAUAUAUAUGACUGAACGUGUCUCGGUUUUCUGACAUGAUUCAUGUUCAGCGGGAAUAAUAAUAAUCAUUUUAAUAAAACAUCGUCCGUCAUGCGUAAUACACGCGAUUAUUUUAUUCUUUAUUGAAAAUGAUUAAUUAUUAUAACACGCAUUUCCGAAACUAUAUUUUUGACCGUUUUCCACAGUAAAAUACGCUGUUUUCAGGCAAUGCAGUGACACUGCAUGAUAGCUGGGUCGCAUAAAAAUGUUCUGUAUAUCAUGACUUACAGAUAUCCAUUAGCAUACUUGCGGAUCUAUAAAAUAUAACAAUAUACCCAGUGAAGUGGUGGCAUGCAGUUUUUAUCAACUAUCAUUGUCCAGCUUAACAAAUACAUGCGAUUUUACACCGUAAGCGGGAUUAAUAUUAAAUUACAAUACACAAAAUCAUUUAUACAAGAUGUUAUACAAUACUUUUAUCGUGCAUAUUAUCAUUAUGUUACUGAGCAUUUAUAAUUUUAUAGAAUCUAUAUAAUUACAGAUUUCUUAAUAUAUUUACAGAAUAGUAUUUAUUUUAUGUAAUAUUAUAGGGUUAUUCCGUAUAAUUUUACCUGACGAGUGUGCUGGAUAAUUUUUAAAAAUGUUGAUACUAUUUCCAUUAAACACAUAACUAAAAUUCAGAAAUAUAUAAUUAUAAUUUUAGAAAAAAAAGUUUAAUUGGAUUUAGAGACCAAUAAAUAGCUAUUUUUAAAUAUAAAUCCUUUAUGUUCAAUUUGCUGUAUUUUUAAAAUUAAACCACACCAGAGUUAUAAGGCUACACGAACUUGCCGUUUUAGUACAUUCGAACCAAUUCCAUACUUACAUGGAACCCAUAUCAAUAUUUUUAAUGUAACCAAAUAUGAUAUAAUUAAAAAUCAAGGUGUCUACUUUAAAAAAAUAAUAUUUUUUUAUUAUUUAACGAUGUAAAAAAAUUCAUAAAAAAGUUUAAAAAUUCAAUAUUUUAAUCAAACUUUUGUGUAUUUUCAAUUUAAAAUAAAAAUGUACUUUACACCUUAUUGUUAUUUAAAGAUUUUAAAUUUAUAUAAUAUUGAUUUUCAAAGAUACAGCAAACUGAACAUAAAAUAUUUAUAUUUAAAAAUAGCUAUUUAUUGGUCUCUAAAUUCGAUUAAAACUUUUUCAAAAAUUAAAAAUAUAUAUUUUAGUAUUUGUAUAGUAUGUAUACCAGUUUACUAUAAUUUUCGAAAUUAAAAAUAUUCGACUUCCCAUUUAUAUAAUAUCAGGUGAUGAUAUAUUAUGUAUUUAUUAAUUUUUGAAUCCGUUCAGCCAAAUCUCUAUACUUGAGAAUGAUAUAAUAUUAUUUACAAGAAAAUCUGUGUUGUAAACUAUUAUUAAUCGAAAAUCGAUAUUUGAUGUACUUGCGAUCCAGGAUGUACUGACAUUGCCUAUGCAUCACGCCGCGUUACCAAAUUUUCAGGCGUAAUUAGAAACUCAUUAAAAUAUCAUUUCAUAAUAACGCGUGGUGACAAAUAACUCGAACAGAAAUUUAGCGAUUUGGUUGUAGGUUUAAAAUAUAGUUAUCUUUUUAUUUUGAAUAACUGCAAGAUAUGUCUGAGAAUCUUGUCUUGGGGACAACUACAGACAUAGAAAAUUGGCUAGGUAUUAUUCUUUGGGUAAGUACCUACUUCAAAAAAGGUCUUUUUUUUUUUAAAAAUUUUCAAGUUGUUUGACAAAUAAAGUGAACCUUAUAUGAUAAUAUAUAUACAUUUUUUUAUAUUAUAGUUUCCUCAACAAAAGAGACAAUAUACGCAAAACAUGAUAAAAACGUUUAAAUUUAUCGAAAUCGAUUUGAUUACAGUAUCAACAUAAUAUAACAAUGGUAGAAACUUGAUAGUUUUUUUUUACAUAGAUUUUUGAAGGUAUUUUAUCCGUUUGAUAUGUUUUAAAAAAAUUACUGCUCUAGAUCGUGCCAUUGUUGUUUUUAUAAUUUUAUUUUAUAUCAAUAUUUUACAGUUUUAGAUCCGAACAACGAACGAAAUGGUUGUACAUGUUGCCUGCUCAUUUUAUUCAAACGCUUCGUUCUAAAUUGUAACUUAUUAUUACCUUUUCGAAAAGCAGCAGUUAGUUCUUCUUAUGCACAUAAUUCAGCUAAUCUUUUAUUCUGCUUUCGGUUACAUAUCAUUCGUUCUCAUAAAUCGGUCACACAGGUGAGUCUAAAUAUUCUCAACCCGAUUAAUAGUCGAUAAACCAUAAUUCGUGUGGUGACCUCUUUCAAAAUACUAACGCCUACAAAUAGGUACAUUUUGUUUCAUAACUAAAUAUUUUCAAUCAAUCUUCAUCAAAUAUUUUACAUCUUUCACCAGUAUCUUUGUUCUUGUCUAUCAUCAAAUAUUUUAGAUUCUGAGCGAAGCGUGAAAUGUAUUAGUUUUAUAAUAAUGUUUAUAUUUUAAUUUUUGUUUUAUACAAAAUUCUAUCAGAAGUCUUACUCUGAUCAAGUGUAGCACUUUUUCUGACUGGUAAUUUUAUCUUGUUAGUGCAUUAAAGAGGUUAUUUUUUGAUUUUCCAAGCAGUUUUUUUAUAACGAUUGGAAAAAACAUAGGAAAAAUGGAAUAAUGUACGAAAAUAAUGCUUUUAUUAUUAACAAUAUUGUUUUUUUGUUGUAAUUCAGUUCGAAAUGUUCGUAAAGUCUUGAAAUUUAAACAGAAACAUUAUAUUUGCAUUUUAUAAACGUGGUUAAAAUAUGUCUAAAACAUUUGAGUUAUUUAUAGGCAUUUUAAUUUCGCGAGUUUUUUACGUAGUUUUUAUUCGUUGUACUCUGUGAAUAAAAUUGUAAGACCAAUAAGAAAUGCUUGAAAAUUGAAUAGGAGGUUUAUUAUAAGUUGUAAUUAGUAAUUAAUAUGUAAAAGUUGAGUUUUAUGUAUUAUUUUUUUUAAAAUUACUGUUUUAAUAUAAAAUUUCGAUGAAAAUUAUAAAUACUACGAUCUUAUAAAUCAUGUAUAACCAGACUCUGCUCAGAAUCGUUUUUUGUUAGCAAUGAUUAACCAUUGUACACAGAAACACGUACAAUUUUCUUUAUAUCUUACUUUCCCAACUUUUCAUUUACAACAGUGGUCCAUCUAUCGUGCGAAGUAUGCCUAUCUUUUUCCACUCGAAUUUAUUAAAAAUCAUGAUUUAUUUUAUGAGGUAUUUUAUGGACAUCAUCAAUGAGUCAUUUUCACCAUUAUAUGCGACUAAAUAAAACUUAUAUAAAACACUAAUUUUUAGUAUUAUAUUUUAUUAUUAUUAUUUUUUUUUAAGUUUAAAAUUAAUACAUUUUAUAUAAUAUAAUAUAAAUAUUAAACUCUGUUCUUCGUUGUAUAUUUUGGUAUUGCAUGACGAUCAAAUACGAACUUAUAUAUUUUCCCGAGCACUUAAAAUAUCGAGAAAAAAAAUAUCUCUAAAUUGUAUAAUCAAAUUUGGUUCAGAGACGUCGAGCGUCUCUUUCAGAUGUUAGAUGAAUGAUAACAAUAAAAAGUACUACAACACUGCCUUAAAGCGGGUUGAUCAAAACAGAACGAAUGUCUAAACCGCAGUCUUUGUGGUUUCACUGCAGGCUUUUCUCACAUUGCAGGCGACAAACCGUUUGAAACCGUCUUUUGUGUUUGGUAAAAGUUUUUUAUUUUGACAAACGGAUGGCCGCCGAAAGAAAAAUAAAAACAUGUACGUAAAACGACAUUGAAAAUGACUUAAACUAAUCGACCUCUUGGGAAUAAUAAUAAUAAUCAUGAUAAAAAAACCUCUUGCUUGUCUCGUAUAUUCGUAUGUAUAUAUAGAAGAAAAUACUUGAAUUAAAAUGAAUGAAUAAAGAGGAGAGAAAAAAAAACACAAUAUUGAUUAAUUUCUUUUGUGAACAUGAUGGUUUGCUAAACUGUACUUUGGGUAGUUUUCAAUAGUAUAUAUCCUUGUCGUUAUGGCAACCCCGAGGUGACUUACCUGCAUCAGAGUGAAGGACCGCAUGUUGUAAAUUUCUACAACUUCUAUAAAAACUCUGGAUAUAGCAGUCUGUCUACACAAUAAAGAAUCGACUACUCGUCCAUCAUUCAUAGAUGAAGUACAUAACGUACGGUGCAGGGCAACCCAUUUUUUUGACCAAAUCUGCAGGGCGCUCGUCUAUAAAUAUAAAAUGCGAAGGAGAAGAUGAAUUAAUGUUUUUACGUAAUACGACAAAAAUAAAAAAAAACUAAUGGAGCAAAUAUGUUAUAUUUCCGUAACGGUUUCACCUAUAUCAUAAUAAUGAUAUUGUAUAUUUUAGAUUCUGUGGGGAGCAAGAAAUGUAUUGGUUUUACAGUAAUGUUUAUUUUAGCUUCUGAGUGGAACGAAGAAACUUAUGGUUUUACAAAGAUACUUUUUUUUUUCCUUUUUAUCUUUUAACAACUUUUCUACCAGAAAACUUACUCGGACUUCUAAGUGUAGCACCUUUUCUGAAAAGAAAUAGGUUUAGGGAAGUCAUCCAAUUUUCUCAAGAGUUUUUUCAUACAAUUUGAAAAGCCGAAAAAAAAUGGGAAAAUGCACGAAAUAUAUUAAUCAAAUAUUACUAUUUUUUUUCCUGUCCACAACUUUUCCACAAGUAAUUUCGCUCCGGCUUUUAAUAACAGCAAUCUAAAAGGCAAUUUCACUAGGGAAGUACUUUAAAAAGGUAAUUUUUCGAUUUCCUAAGGAGUUUUCUCAUCAAAUGUGAAAAACCGGGAAAACGUAGAAAAGUUGGGAAAAUCAGUACAACAUUACACAAAUAUUAUUAAAAAAAAUAUGUAAAGAUUAUUUAAUUAUUUUACUUUAAAAUGACAUUUAUAUAUUGUUUACAAAGCAACACUAUUAAGUAUUAACUGAACUCCGUUCAGAAUCGGUUUUCGUUAGUUAUGGUUAAUUUCCCUUCUUCUUUCUCAACUUCUCAUCUAUAACAGUGGUGCACUCAUCGUGUGAAGUAUUUCCGUGUAUUUUUUUUUCUAUCUCGGUUAACUUCGAUUGUAACCGAACAACUUGCCUCAUAGAAAAAUUAAUAAAUAAAGGGAACUUAAUUCUGUUAACAUUUAUUGUUAUAGAGUCCGGUGCAUUUGCUAUUGGGGUAAUUUUUUGCAAUUUUUCUAGUACUUACUUUUUGUUUUCAUUAAUAAGAAGUAUGAUUUAUUUAUAAUUUUAUGCUUUCGGAUCGUUUCUAAUGAUCAUACCACGUUGAAUACAUCAGUUUUCGUCCAGUCACUGAAGUUGAGGACGUCGGAUGUAAUUAUUAUUUGGAUGGGUGACUGCUUGGAAACACUGCGGUCGUUGGUUUUUUUUUUUUAUUAUUAUUAUUCUUUUAUAAUUGUAAACUUUUAAACUAAUUACAUUGGUUUUGAACAAAAUUUAUUGUACUGUUACGUAGAGCAUUAAACAAUAUAUUCUCAGGAUUUUUUAAUUACGAUUUCUAUAUAAUGGAGUUUCACACUGGAAUUUCAGAUCACAGGACAACAAAAACACGGUCAUCAGUUCACCGAGUUUCACCCAGAAUCGUUUUUUGCAGGUUUCGACGGUUUAUUGCCACAUAUAAUGUUUUAUAUUUUCCCAAUUCCUCAACAGUUCUCACCCACAACAGUUACCUAUGGUUCUUCCCAAGUUGCGAAUAAUGUCUUUUCCGGAUUUGUUCUCUUUUCUCUUNAAUUAUAUAUGAUAGCUUAAGUAUUAUCUCCUUACGAUGAGUAAAUAUCGUACUAAAAUAUAUGUUAUUUGAUAAUGAAAAAGAAUGGAAUCGGAUGUAAAUGUUUUACUAUCAUUCCUGUUAUUAAUUGUUUGAUUUAUUAACAUUACAUAAUAUUUUAUUUUACAUAAUGUAUGAUAGCUUAAAUAGCAUAUCAUUACAAUAUUUUCCCAAUUCCUCAACAGUUCUCACCCACAACAGUUACCUAUGGUUCUUCCCAAGUUGCGAAUAAUGUCUUUUCCGGAUUUGUUCUCUUUUCUCUUAGCUCGCGACUCAUUGAACUUGUUUAAAAAGUUUUAAUAUAUAAAUAAUAUAAAAUAAGCACAGUUAACUUGUAUAAUAUAAUAUAUAAUGGAACUAUAAAGUACAAUUAUUCGUGAGAUUUACAAUAUAUAUUUAAUCGAAUAAAAUGACAAAUAAAAAUAAUAUUUUUUCGUAGAUAUUUUAGUUUAUAGUCGUAUUUUUUUACAUUCUUGUUUGCGAAUUUCAUUAUUUUAGAUUUGAAAUUUCGAGUUCAUCGGUCGGAGCGUAUAAAUUAUAUAUAUUAUUCCUAUUGUGACUUUUGGAAUUUCUAAUGACAAUUUUAAUAUUAAUUAAUUGAAAGUAAUAAAUCGAUUGAACCGACGUCAAAACGAUUAAUUACUAUUACCCACAUACAAGAUUUGUCAAAUUUUCCCCGAAAAUAGAGACUGUUGUACUGUAUUAUGUAUGAUAAAUCAUUUCCAUGAUACUUUUGAACACACUUAGUAGUUGUUCCCUUUGGAUCAAAUGAGUUCAAACUCAGGAAUAUUUUUGUAUGCAAAAGUUAGUGAUAAAAUGUAGACUGUGUUUUAAUGUGAAUUUCACCAUGUUGUUGAGGGAAGGUGUUUUUUUUUUAGCUUUGAACAUUCCGUAUAAAUUCCUCAAAUGAACCCAGGAUAUGAAAUUUUAUGUAUGCACGAUAUAACUGAGUAAGUAUCAUAGAAAGGUUGUUGGGGGUUUGAUCUUUCAACCUUUUCCCUAUCAUUUUUAUGAUUGAAUUUCAUGGUUUUACUUAUUGUUAAAUAGACUUCUACAAACUCAUCAAAAUAAGUAACGGCGUUAAAAUUGUUUAAACAAAUAGCAUUGUUAUCCAGGAUAAACGUUUAGAAGGUUUAAACCUCUAAUCCUUGCCCCAACUAUCUAUUUGCAAAAAUCUACUCCUCACGGUUGUUUUUUUUCUUAUUUUAUUUUAAUUAUGUUUUAUAAAAUAGGAUUUUUACUUUUUGUUAACAAAGUAUGUAUAAUUCCGUAAAAUCGAGUUUUUCAUUUGAAGAAAAUAAUUUUAUUUUAAAAGGCCAGAGGACGAUUUCGUAAUUAUUCAUAUUCAAUAAUGUUAUUUUCAUCGUCAUCGGGAUACCAAAACAUGGAAAAAACCACAAUUUUCGUGUUAUAGCAGCACAUGAUACCAUUUAUUACCACAACAGAAAUUUUCAUAAAAAGUGUUUCCCGAAACAAACGAUUCGCUCAUAUAUAAUAUAACAGAAAGUUUUAAAAUAUGUAUUUUAUAUUCGUAAUGCGUUCGAGUUUCGCUUUACAUAUGAAAUGAAUGAAAAUUCCACACUCGGGAAUAUUAUAGGUAUCAAGUAUUAAACCAUACGUAGGUGUAUCGGGAUAUGCAAUGGUUUGUUCUUCUAUUUAUUGACGGUUUAAAUUUUAUAUUUCAGUGAAAUUGUGUGCGACAAAGGAAAACGAACUCUAAUACUCGUAUUCAGUUAUUAUAUCCGUAUAGAUAAUAUUUUUAUUCUUAUUGUGCUGCAUUUGUUUAUGAGGACAUCUAGACACGGAUUCCAAUACAACGUGAAUUUUAUUUUUGUAUGCUCUAAGAAAAUGCAUUCCAAGUGAAUAAUUUGAUUUACGUAUAAUAUUAAUAAUUUUAAUUUUCAAAAAUUACACUAACUUAUAUUUUGCAUUUUUUGCUGCAUUCCCAUUUAAGUACCUAUUAAAAGAAUUAUUUUUGGCUAUUUUAUUUUUAAUCGUUUUUAAGGAAUUUAAUUCAAAGUCUGUAUUAUAAAUUACAAAACUAGAACAUAUUAAAAACGAAUAAUAUAAUAUUAUAAACGAUAAGAACAUCCAUUUUUGUGUAGUAAUAUAAAUAUUCGGAAAUUACUGAAGAUAUUAUAUUUAAAAUUUAAUAGACGCGGUCAAUUGGUCGUGGCUAUUCUGAUAUAAUCAACUAUUAUAAUCGGUUACUAAUCGUUUAUUGUACAUUUCUGCCUGUUUGAUUGUCAGGCGAUUAUUCAGUAUUCAGACACGUCGUUGUUUUGAUUGGAGGGUAAGUAUGAAUGGUCUCGACUGAACGGUAUUGUUGAGUGUUCGACUCGGCUCUGGAUUGAAUCCCUUGCUAAUAUAACGUAUUGUGAGUAAUAUUAUUGUAUUCGAAUAUUCUAUAGCAGUGUUUACCAAUGGGGGGGGGAGAAAUUCUUCCUCAGGAAGGAAUUUAGGUACUGCGUGGAGAGUAAUAUAGCGGUGGUGAAAUUCUUAGAAUAAAAUAUGAAAUGUGGAAAUUUACUAUAUCUAUAAUUAAAAUCUCAAUUUAUCUCAUAUUUUGUAUUAAUAGUUGGAGGUGUGAGAUUUCUAACAUUUACAAGUGGGGUGUAGAACAAACAAAGUUGAGAAUCGAUGCCUCUAUAGUGACUAUAUAGAGUAUAGUCGAUUAGAGAAAGAAUUUGUAAAUACGGAACUAUUUCACGGUCUAUAGGAAAACCACCAAGCAACGAAAAUAUAAAUUAAAGACUUUCACAGUAGUUACAUAAUGUUUUUAGGCUAUAUUUUUUACUACUUAAACUUUUAAUACUUAUCAGUUAUGAAAAAAAAGCGAAUUUGCAAAUCAAAAGCAAUAAGAUCACAUUAAUUUCGAGGUUUCAUUAGUUCACACCGGUAGGACUUCAUAAAUUAUCAUAAGUUUAUCGUGAUUUUCAUCAAAGCGACUUGCUAACAGUUCCAAUAAUAGACUAUAUUUUGUUCAUAUAGGCGAUUUUUUUGACUCGUAGAGUAGACUAGAUUACUAAAAUGCACGAGAAGCUAUAAAAUAUUAAAAAUGCGUUACAAACAAAACAAGUUACGGGUCGCUAAAUCUCUAUUGUAUAGACAUCGUCAGGCAAAAUCAAUAAACCGGUGGUGCGCCCGGCGCCUAAUGGGAAUUCGAUAACGGCGACGACCCGUAGUAUCGACCGCAUCUUAUUAAAACUAAAGUCUGACGAAUGAUUAGUUCUGAGCAAUUAGUAUUAUCCUGGGGAUUCCCUAUAAAAUAUUACAGUGAAGUGCAAAGACCGGCAGGUAGACAGCAGCAGAGAUGGAUUGAUAAAAGCAAGAAGAAACUAAGACAACUGGGAAUAGACCAUCUUAAUGAACUCGUUCAGGAUAGAGAGAUACAGUAAUGUUUGUUUUGCAGCCAUAGACCCCUAAGUUGAAAAGAAAAAAAACCGAAAAUUAGUGAGCGUGGUAUAAGUCUCAUGUUACUAUAUUAUUAUUCCGUGUAUAUAAUAAUUAAUUAUAUGUACGCUCUGAUAAAUAUUAACUGUAAGUAUGUGAUUAAUAAGAAAUAUACGAUAUCUGGGAUACACUAUCAUAUUGUUGUUGUUGUUGAUUAGGGUCUUGGAAAUCAUCUUGAAUUGCUGACAAACCAAUUUCAUUCCACCGUUUUCUCCAAUCUAAUCCAAGUUAUAAUUUUUUCUAAUGCGUAUCUUUGUAAUUUAUUUUAUUUCUUAUCUGAUCAUUCCAAAUACUUGUAAAUGAACAUUUUAAUGGUACUUUACCUUCAGAUAGGUGAACUUCGUACACGAAUAUAUCCUUCUUACUAUAGCUGUUCUGUCUUUAUUGCUUGUACUGUACUAGGUCUAUGAUACAGUGUAGUGGUUCUACUUUUUUAUUUUAUCUGACACACUACUCUCCCGUUUUCACAUCCAUAUAAUACUCAAACAAAUCUCCUUAUGUCUGUGCGUAUCAUAUUCGUCUACAAUUUACACAGUGCCCGUGUUUCAAAACCAUAGAUUACUAUAAUAAUAUCGAUAUUUUAUUAAAACGCAAUAAUCCAUAUCAUUUAAUGAGUAUAGAAUUUUUUUUUUUUUUUUCGGCAGGUAG